AUGCUCGUGUCCGACGGUGUACCCGAGGUCUUCCUUCUAUGUUUGGCUGGAUACAUUCUCGCUGCGACCGGCGUGACCGACAAGGCGACGCAGCGUAAGCUCAACGUCAUCAAUGUGUCGCUGUUCACGCCCGCACUGUUGUUCUCGAAGGUCGCCUUCUCGCUCACACCGGCAAAGCUGAAGGAGCUGUGGAUCAUCCCUCUCGGCUUUGUGCUGAUCACCGGUGUGUCGGCGCUCGUUGCAUGGAUCCUGUCCAAGGUGUUCCGCUUGAAGAAGAGUCAGACUGCGUUCGCGAUCUGUGCGGCCAUGUUCCAGAACUCGAACUCGCUCCCGAUUGCGCUGGUGCAGUCGCUCGUCGUCGAGGUCCCCGGCCUGAAGUGGGACAAGGAAGACAACAAGGACCAGAUGCUCGGUCGUGCCCUCACGUACAUGGUCGUCUACUCUACGCUCGGCAUGGUGCUCCGCUGGAGCUGGGGCGUCAAGCUGCUUAGCAGCGCGGAUGACGAUGCCGAGCACGAGGACGCCGAGGAGGGCCGCGUUCCGGACUCGAUCGAGAUCACUGCUGGUGCCCAGACGCCCGGUCAGAGCGGAGUCAUGGACGUCCACAUUCCCCGCGCCGCGUCCCCGGAGCCUGUCACCCCGCUCGCUGGCACGCCUCUGAACGGAACGCCGCUGAACGAGCACCAGCGCUUCAACUACUCGCCUGCCCGCCGUUUGCGCUCGCCGUCGCCGGCCGGGUCGGGCUCCGCCGUCAGCACUAGCCACCGUCUCAGCUCUUCGCCCCUCGUUUCCCGCGGCCGCACGUCCACGCGUCAGAGCAGCGCCAACGCCUCCCGCUCCGGUUCACUCAUGAGCGUCGUGUCCAACCGCCGCCGACUCUCUAGGACUGACUCGGCGCGCGAGUUCUGGGGUCUGCCCGAGCAGCCCAAGGCAGGUCACUCGGGCAUCGUCCACGACCUCGACGACGUUACGGAGGACUCGUCGGAGAGCGAGCUCGAGGACGACGAGGCCGAUGAGUGGGGCUCUAUCCGCGCCGACGUUGGCACGACCCGCUCGCCCUUCUACGCCGAGCUCAAGGCCCGUGCCUACGCGUACUGGGCUGCGUUCUGCAGCUUCAUGACUGUGCCUACAUGGGCGGCGCUCGUGUCUGUCAUCAUCGCGCUCAUUCCGCCUCUCCAGGCCGAGCUGAACAAGUUCACUCCUCUCAAGGCCGCUAUCAACAGCGCCGGCCGUUGCUCCAUCCCCGUCACGCUUGUCGUUCUCGGCGCGUUCUUCUACACGCCCAAGCCGCCGCAGCUUCCCGAAGACGAGGAACAGAACGGAAAGGGCUUUGGCAAGUUCAUCGAGCGCAAGCUCCGUUCUCUCCGCUCACAGGAGGACCUGCGCUACGCAGGCGAGAGCAAGACCGUGUUCGUCGCCGUCAUGUCCCGCAUGAUCCUUGUCCCCCUCGUGUUCCUCCCCAGCAUCGCGCUCAUGGCGCGCUACGACUGGUUCCGUGCCGCCGAGGACCCUGUGUUCAUCCUCUGUGCCGUACUUCUCGUCUCCAGCCCGCCCGCCCUCACCCUCGCCCAGAUCACGCAGGCCGCAUCGGGCGAUGCCUUUGAGAGACUCAUCUCUCAGACUAUCUCGUGGAGCUACGCUGUGCUUACCCCGCCGUGUACGCUCAUCUAUGUCGUUGUUGGUCUCCUCUUCGGAAGGCUAUAA